UCUAUUUUUAUUUUUUUUAUUUUUCCCCUUUUUUAUUUUUUCUUUUGAAAUUUGAAAACCAGAAGUCGGUCUUUUCCGCCGCCGGACAUCUCGCUUGAUCGUCGUCUUCGCAGCGGAAGAGCGAGGGAAGUCGCCGUCUUUGCCUCUGCAUAGCUUUGGAAUUCGCUAACGAUCGAAGUUACUCUUCGCUAUCACAGACCAGUACACUCGCGGUGAAGUUUGAAGUUGAAAAAAUGGAUGGAGAGGAGUUGACGGAGCAGGAGACUCAAUUGUAUGACCGCCAGAUUAGGGUUUGGGGUGCUGAUGCACAGAGGAGGCUGAGCAAAGCUCACGUUCUAGUAUGUGGAAUGAAAGGGACUGUUGCUGAGUUCUGCAAGAAUAUUGUUCUUGCUGGGGUCGGUAGUUUGACAUUGGUGGAUAAUCGGUUGUUGACUGAAGAAGCGCUUUCUGCUAAUUUUCUUAUACCUCCUGAUGAGGGUGUUUUUGGCGGGAAAACUGUUGCUGAGCUUUGCUGUGAUUCUUUGAAAGAUUUCAAUCCGAUGGUACGAGUUUCAGUCGAAAAAGGUGAUUUGUCGAGCUUUGAUGAAGAUUUUUUGAAGACGUUUGAUGUUAUUGUUGUCAGUUGUUGCUCCCUGGCUGAAAAAAAAUCAGUCAAUGAGAAAUGCCGGAAGUUAACUAAGCGCAUAGCGUUUUAUACAGUUGAUUGUAGAGAUUCCUGUGGUGAAAUAUUUGUUGAUCUACAAGAGUAUAAAUAUGCUAAGAAAAAACUUGAUGACACUGUGGAAUGCCAACUAUCAUACUCAAGCUUCGAGGAAGCAAUAUCGGUACCCUGGAAAGCACAUCCCAGAAAAGUCUCAAAGCUAUUUUAUGCAUUAAGAGUUAUGGAACGGUUUGAAGAGGUCGAGGGGCGAAAUCCAGGAGAGACUACAAUAUCCGAUCUUCCCGGGGUUUUGAAGUUGAAAAAGGAGCUCUGUGAAUUGCAGUCGCUGAAUGAUGCUCAUAUUCCUAAUGCCCUCAUAGAGAGAUUGGUGACAAAUUCAAAGGAAUUUCCUCCUGUUUGUGCCAUCAUUGGAGGCAUUCUUGGGCAGGAAGUAAUUAAAGCUAUUUCUGGGAAAGGAGACCCCCUCAAGAAUUUCUUCUACUUCGAUGCUGUUGAUGGGAAGGGUAUCAUAGAGGACAUAUCAAGCAAGCCCUAACAUGGGAGGCACCCUGUGCUGUCUUUUUCAUCACAUUUUAAAGCACUUUCAUAGGAGGUACCGGCCGUAAUCACCUGGUGAAAAUUGGGUCUCUAACUUUCAAAGAUUUUGAAUUGAACGCAUUUGGCAAUUGUAAUGCUAAUGGAGUUGUAAGUUUAUUGUAUGACUUUUUAAUCCUUAACAAGACAAAUCUUUAUCAUGAAUCAAAGUUAUGUAUACGUAGGAAACUUUUUGUUUGAAAGCAAACGUGAACUCCAUCUGAAUUGAGU